CUGGCGUCGCACGCAACGUGCGACGGCUGCAGCGAGUUGCGACAUCGCUCAUCGAUAUUGACGGGGAAUAUAUCUACGUAUGUCUCGUCGCGUUUACCCCGCGGAUGCGAAUUUCACGCGGAAAUUCAUCGGCGACGACGACGACGACGUUCGAGCCUCAUCUCUUCUCGAAUUCUCGAGUGCGGAAUAUCGACUCGAGUGUCGAUCACGGGAACAACGAACCUUUGUCUUCUCGGUUUUAUAUUUUUAACUUUUAUUUUUAACUUAGCGAUUUUCUACAUCGUGCAUCGAACGGCUCGCCGUUGCAUGUUAUAGUCGCCAGCAGGAUCGAGUAGCGAGCUACUCUGUGAAUCGCGGCGUUAUUGAUAUACCACGUAAUUUCCCGGGGCUGUACCAGUGAGCCGACCCCCAAUGAAUCAUCGCGAACUCGCGAUGAAAUUUCGUCCAAGGUUAGAAAGCGUAUCGCGAGUGCCCACGCGGUCGCCUAUAUCAUAUCUACUUUAUUUGCUUGACGCUUCUCCCUUUCCUCCUCGUUACGCGCAUAUACAAAUUAGGUUCAAAUAUACGGAUGGAACGGACGAUAAUCUUUCCAGCGACGACCUAGCCUAUCCUAAGCAAAGAAAAUGAAUAAUUUGUAGCGUAAAAAGAGAUGUGUAUGGUUUCAACUUAUCGGUUUGUUGCGUAUGGAUACGCCGCAAAUAGUGCUUAUGCAUAACAGUACGCGUUUUAUCAAUAACAAAGGAAGUUGCGGUUGAAAACAAUGCAGUGCGAAAAAUCAUCGAGUUAAAAUUAGCAGUUUUCAGUGACUGUGCGAAACGAAAAUUAUUUAAAUCAGGAGCAAAUUACAGUUUUCAAAAUAAUAACAAAAGAGACAAAUAUUAUUUUAUAUAAACUAUGCAAUUUUGAAUAUAAUUUUAUUUUUAUUUAUUUUAUUAUAAUAUGACAUUCGUCCCGAACACCUCACAUUUUUACAUAAAAAUUUAAUGCAAAAUAUAAGAUAUUGAAGCGAUAUUUUUUUGCAUCGAAUUUUCUUUGCAAUACUGAUAACUUGCGUUCAAUUUGCUGUACACACCUGCUUUCACAAUGUUAUUUCUUCGGCAAAGAUUAUUUUCGCAAUUGUCUGUUACAUCAAUCAUCGAUACUCGUUACAAACACGAGAGGUUAAACAAAACACCAAUAACAAAAUAUAAGCGAAAGCAAAUGUUGUCUUGUGAAGAUAACUCGGUAACAAUCGACCAGCUAGUAUAGCAUGGAAUUAUUUAUUUUUGAAUAAAUCUCUUCUCGUGUACCAUAUCUUUUGUCAACAAUGAGUCGUUUCAUCGACAAUAAGCUAACUUUACGCGUUAGGAGAACAAGGCUGAUUGCAGAGCUAGGUGACUUGGAAAGAUUCGCGGACCAAUUGACGCGGACUCUGUUUUCCGGUAUUCACCGUGGUAAUGAAAAAGGAGCACCGUGUAUAUACGAGGAGGAGAACUUAGGCAGCAAACAAGUGCGGUUCUGCCGCGGUUUGCGAUCGCUUAAUUCCUUUAAAUUGCGUCGAAUUGAGGCGAAUAAUUUUCUCCAUUCUUGGCGAGCGGCAAUUGAAUGGGUGGACUGGACUCGACGUCAUGCAACGCGCCACCCCAGGGUCGCACAAAACCGCGCGGCGAACUCAGCGCAGAGGCACGCACGAUUUAUGUACAGGAUGUCGACGAUCGGCCACUCGAGAAGAAACUCGGCAAGUUGACCGUCUUUUACGACGAGAAACGUCAAGGUACCAAUUCAACUGUGAUCGUUAUCGUCAUUCUAUCAAUGAUUACACUCCAAAAAUACAACAAUCGCAUGGUUGGCUCUCGAAAUGUGAACCCGAUACGCAAGUAUACAUCAGUCGGUGACAAUUCUUGUACAAUGGUUGUAAAACUGUUAUGCUUUCGUAACCGUUAUUUUGCAUUCUCUUUCCAGUAAUCUUUGCUCUCGCAUUUGUAUUUUUAGCCAUCGAGCAAUCACUUGUUCGAAAGAAUUACUUGUCUCCAAGUCGGACAGUUUUUCUUAUUACGUUGUCAGAUCAGAUAUACAACAUCACGUUAGUUUCUAAGCAGUUGAACACAUCCGACAUUCCGUCAGCUUAAAUGCUCGUCAUGUAGUCAUUCGACUUAAAUUAAAUUUUUUUUAGCAACAA